AUGAAGAACUGGCUCCACAAUCCCAAGGAUGACAAAGAGUCCAUCCGGAUCUCCGGCUUCAUCGACACCAACAGGGAGGAGACCAACCUCUGCGCGGAGGAUCUGGUCCGCGCCUUCCUUGCGCGCCGGGUGCUGCCCCUUCAGCGGCGCGCCCACAAGAUCAGCGAGAUGUCGGGGCCAAUGGACCCGACAAGGAUCACAACCCACCGGCUUAGCCCUACCGACUUGGUCCUUAAGGCCAAGCAGAUUUGCCAGAACCCACUGAGUUCUAGCGGGAGAUACGGGCUGGCCCCCUACAGCCGCCGCAACUCUCCUCCGCGGCGAAACUUCCGCCGGAUCGGCCAGGAGCACCCGGCUUCCUACGCGCCGGACAGGAUCUUCCAGGACGACUCCGACGCUGAUCCCUACGUAAGGGGAGAGCAGCAGAUGGGUCGCACCCACACUCCACGUCUCGCCACUCCUUCAGCCAACGCCAACCCACAGGUCGUGGAGCGCACCACCCCGCUUCAGGCCGAAUGCGGGGCCGAAUUUUUGGAGAAGCUUGCCUUCGAAGGCCGCAAGAAGAAGGCGCCCACGCCCGAGGCCAGCUCCAGCGAGAUCCCUCCGGCCAAGCGCUCCCGGAUUGAGAUCGCCGAGAAGACGGUGACCACCAAGCGCUACCGGAAAUGGGAGAUGCCGGUGGCUACCGGACGUGCCCUCAAGAUUACCAAGAGCGCCUCUGGCAUGAGGCCGGAAAGCUCUGAGGAUCGUGCCUCACCUCGUCCUCAACCAAGUCCGAAGAAGAAGAAUCCUGCUUCCUCGCCCUUCAAGGCCGUGUCGGAUCCUUCCGCGCCAGCAAGCUCUGCCUCAGCAAAGGAAGCUCCUGGAGCUCCUGCGCCAUCCAAGGCUCCAACGCCUCCACCGGCCGCUCCUACCGGUGGGCCCGCUCCUGCACCUUCUUUGCUGGUGCUGCAUACCAGCCGUGCCGCCGUCGUGGCCGGAGAAACUGUCUCAGCUCAGCUGGGCCGGAUCACCGAGCUAACGCACAGAGGGGUGGAACUGGGGCAUCUUGCUGAUUACGCUAACAAGUGGAAUCAGGCGGAUCUGUCCCCUGCGACCCGCGGCCUGGGGAAGGACAAGCUGCCGGUUGCUGACCCUGCCGGCCCCCGGAGCACCGUCCAGCAUUUUUGCAGGUUGCGGCGUGUUGUCAAAGAAUUUGACACCGCGUGGCACGACGCCAACAACAACGUGGUGAGCACGCUGGACACCUGGAAACAGCUCUUUGAAGAGCUGCUGUGGGAGCACCGGGAGCUGUGCGAGGCCCACAGCAAAUGCCAAGCUGAAAAGGAGCGGCUCACCAAGGAGCACCAGCAAGCUCUGGAUGUUUAG